CCGCAAGGACCGCCUUCCUGUAGUGAGAGAAACAACGUCGCAGUAGAGAGAGAGAGAGAGGGAGAAGGGGCGCAGUUUUAGUGAGAGAUUCUGCUGUCGUCUAGAGAGGGAAAGAGGAGGAUCGGUGGUUGAGAGAGCGAGAGGGAUGGUGUGCUGAGGGAGAACGAAGUUGGAAUACAGAGGGAAGGCGAAGACGUAGUUGGAUUUGGGAGAGAGGGAGAGACGGCGGGUUAGAAAGAGAAAGGGAAAGAGAGAGGAUGAAGAGAAGGAAGAACAGCGCAGCAGAGUGUGGAGAGGGAGGAGAAGAAACGAGGAGAGGAAGUCGGAUCAAAGGAUCAGGAUUCAUGAUUCUUAUGACGUUCUCAUCCGUGGGGACUAUGGCGUGAUAGCUGCUUGAACGUCUCUCCUUUUCUUUAAAGUUUGAACUAUCAGUUUGGCUGUGGAUCUGCUGACCGGGGAUGGAGUGGUUGCGUCUUCUUGGUGUUCACAGGCGAUUGAUGGUGUGAAGAUCGAUUUGGGUUCUGUUAUUACAAGUGUAGUGAUUGCUUGCCUUCGUCGAUAUUUGUCUACGUUGAGCCUUCUAGAAAAUUGUUUCGACUCGGGGAUUCUGAUUUUUGGAUUAGAUUUGUUGCCGAGGAUGAAGCGAAGGUAUUCGGAGUUGAAAGUCAUGUUGUUUGGAUCGUGCUGGUUGUCUCAGUCUUCAUCAUUGAAUAGUUAAUUCUCUAAGACAUCAUCCACCACCUAUUCAAUUGUUCAGAAUUGUAGACAAAGUAUCACCAUAGGAGAUGUCUGAGUUAUCAGUUUGCAAGUUAGGCUCACAUCUGUGCUAGAUUUAUUGCUGAAACUGGGAUAUUCAGCUACCUGUUUGCUGCGGCGCGAAACACAUAGGUGUCAAAAAUGGUGCCGUCAGGGCCUCCGACACCCGUCGGGGGUGCUCAAACAGUUAACGCGUCGGCUCUUCUACGAUCGAAUUCUGGCCUUUUGGGAGGCCAGGGUGGAUCCCUUCCUGCACAGCCUGCGUUUCCAUCCCUUGUUUCACCACGUUCGCCAUAUGGAAAUAUGAAUUUAGCUGGCAACUUGUCCAAUGCGUCCUCUCUUCUUAUUGGUGGGGGUAGCUCAGGCAUUGGUGUUAACCAGCCUCUAAAUGGGGGAAAUGGACCGCUCCCUGGUGGUUCAAAUCCUGGCCUUUCUGCAUCAGGAAACAUUCAGAGGGGAGGUAUCGGCAUGACUGCAGAAUCCGACAUACUAUCUGGCAUCAGCAGCGGAUUGGGAUUUAAUCCUUCACCUCUGUCGAUCACGUCUUCAAAUGCUUCUGGUGCCAUUUCCCCUGGCAUAAACGGAUCUCUCAUGGGCGUUGGUGGUGCCCAUUUCCCAAAUUCCGGUAAUCAGCUUCCGCAAGAACCCAACCAUUCCCAACGGCUCGAGAUGCAGAACUUUCAUCAUGGUCAACAAGUGCCGGACUCAUCUACCAACAUGCAAAUUCAGUCUCCUCAUAUGCUUGGGGUUAGAGGGUUGCAGCAGUUUUCUGCUCAGAACAGUAUCGGGUUGGGGGCAAGUGGUCAGCAGCAGCACCUGCAGACGCUGAGGGCACUCACCAAUGACCAAAAUGGACCACAGACAUUGACAUCAUCGCGUGCCCUGCUGCCUGUAAAAAUGGAGCCUUCAGUGGCUAACGAGCAAUCUGCACAGCAACAAUUGCAAACUUUGCGAACCAUGGCUCCUGUGAAGUUAGAGACCCAACAGCAGCAGCAGCAGCAACAACAACAACAGCAACCACAGAUUGCAUCUUUUAGAAGUAUUGCGGGAAUUAAAAGUGAGCCACAGAGUUCAGACCAGUCAUUAUUCUUCCAACAGCAGCAACAACAACAGCAGCAGCAGCUUCUGCAAAUGUCUCGGCAACCUUCGCAGCAAAUGCAAUUGCAGGUUGCACAGAUGAAUCUUUUGCAGCAGCAGCGUCUCUUGCAACAGCAGCAGCAACAGCAGCAGAUGUUUAAGACAUUGCCUCUGCAACGGUCACAAUUACAGCAGCAAACUAUGCAGCAGUUUCAACCGCACAAUUUGCCUCUUAGAUCUGCGAUAAAACCAAUUAUGUAUGAGCCAGGAAUGUGUGCUCGGCGGUUGACUCAGUAUAUUUAUCACCAACAACAUAGACCUGCUGAUAACAGCAUUGAGUUUUGGCGCAAGUUUGUCUCUGAGUUUUUUGCUCCACAUGCCAAGAAACGGUGGUGUGUUUCUUUAUAUGGGAAUGGGCGGCAGACUACUGGGGUUUUCCCUCAGGAUGUCUGGCACUGUGAAAUAUGCAAUAUAAAACCUGGACGUGGUUUCGAGACAACAGUGGAGGUGUUGCCAAGACUCUGUAAGAUCAAGUAUGACAGUGGGACUUUGGAAGAACUGCUGUUUGUGGACAUGCCUCGUGAAUAUCAAACACCAUCUGGUCAUAUUGUCUUGGAUUAUGGGAAAGCAAUCCAGGAAAGCGUGUUUGAGCAAUUACGUGUAGUACGUGAUGGUCAACUUAGGGUUGUUUUCAAUAUGGAUCUAAAGAUAUGCUCCUGGGAGUUUUGUGCAAGACGGCAUGAGGAGUUUAUCCCUCGAAAGCUAAUACUAUCUCCGGUUAGCCAGCUAGGUGCAGUGGCCCAUAAAUACCAGGCUUCUACUCAAAAUGGAUCAUCCAAUCUUUCAGCCCAAGAGUUGCCGAAUACUUGUAACAUGUUUGUUGAAACAGCUCGUCGUUUAGUGAAAGCUAUGGAGGUUCCCUUGGUAAAUGAUUUGGGGUACACAAAGAGAUAUGUUCGCUGCCUGCAGAUAUCAGAGGUAGUAAACAGUAUGAAAGAUUUGAUUGAUUAUAGCAGAGAAACUGGGACAGGUCCUAUGGCAAGCCUGAUCAACUUCCCAAGGAGAACCACAGGAUCAGGUGGAACGAGUAAUGGCCAACAGCAACAUCAAGAACAGUCAAGGUCCCAAAACGGUGAGGACUCUGUUCCGGCUGUUCAGCACGUUGCACAAGGUAAUGGGGCAGUUGGGCUCACCAACUCACUGAAUACGUCUCCCACAUCCACCAUUACUGCUGGAAGCACCAUAGGAGGCCUUGUCCACCAGAACAAUGCAAAUGGUAGACCAGAAAAUCCAUUAAAUAAUGGCAGCACUGCUUUUGGAAGCGCAGUUCAGAUAUCGUCAGCAGGCUCUUCAACGUCACUGCAACCAUCACAUCCCAAUCCAUCAUCACCCUUUCCCAGUACGUCUGCUCCACCAAACUCUCUGGCUCAAUCUUCUAUUCCACCCGCUGCACACUCGAGCUCUGCAAAUUCUCCUGCUAAUAUUGCCCCACCACAGUCCUCACACUCAGGUGAUGUUGAUCCAGAUGAUUCUCAAAGCUCUGUUCAGCAAAUAAUAGAAGAAAUAAUGAUGUCCUCCCAACUGAACAAUGGGGGUAACAUGGUGGGCCAUAGUCCCUUAGGAAACGAGAUGAAAAGUUUAAAUACAAUCAAUAUGCAGGCAGGAAAUACAUCUCUAAAAGGAGCCAAUUGUCUGGUUGGUAAUGGAAUUUCAAGUGGCAUGGGCGUCAGCAACGUUGGCUUUGGUAGCGUUGGAGGAAUCAACCCAAUAUCAGCAGCCACAGUGAGUGGAAUGCGAUCAACUGCGUCUGACAGCUCGCUGCCAGCUUUAAAUGGUAGAAUCAGCAUGCCAUCGUUGUCUCAGCAGGUCCCCGGUCUCAACUCUCCGCAGGAUAUGGGGAACAGAAUGUUGAAUGGACUGGGAUCUGUGAACAACUUCAGUAAUCUUCAAUUUGACUGGAAGCCAUCUCCAUAACAGGAAACUGCCAAUGACCUAUAUGUAUCAUGUGUAUCUGAUUUAGUGUGCGGGAUGACCCUUUGGCUGCAAGAAGAGGACCGAUAAUCGGUAUCAGCAUACUGUGUGGCAGCAUACCUUCCCUUGGUUUGCGUCUUUUGUAAAUUUAUAGUGGUUUCAGAAGGAAAUUGUUGUACUACUAAGUUUCAUUUUUGAACCGUUUCCUUCUCAUUCCUUUUUCCCAUCUGGAUAACAAUGUAAUAGGAGCCGUGUUCGUGUCGAAGUACGGCGCAGCAUGGUUUCUCCUCCACUCACAUACUUCACAGGGCAGCGACUGAAUUCGAUUCAUAAGCAGGGAACUCGUUCCCGUGGCUUUCUGUCCAUUGUAACGUCAUUAACAACUGUAGAGCUGCUUUCUCUUGGAAAGGAAUGUCAGAUCUUGACCCUGGUUCGAGGGCUUUGUAUUC